AAAUACUCAAAGUGCACUAUUGGCAGAGUGGAUAAGAAAGCGAGACCCAAUUACACAUUGUCUCCAAGACAAAUCUAGUGCAAUCAGUAAGUCGAAGGUAAAAGGACAGAAAAUUCAUGCAGUUAGUACAUGAGUACAGCAAUUCUAAAAAGACUGGCGAGGCUAUACUGAGAUCAGUUCAUGUAUUUUUCUUUUUUUAAGGAUUUAUUUAUUUGAAAGCAGAGAGAGGGGCCUUUUAUGCCCUGGUUCACUUUCCAAAUGGCCACAACGGUCGUGGCUGGGCCAGGCCUAAGCCAGGAGAAAGAAGGCUCAUCUAAGUCUCCCACGUGGGUGCAGGGGCCCAAGUACUUGAGCCAUAUUCCACUGCUUUCCCAGGUGCAUCAGCAGGGAGUUGGACAGGAAGCAGCCAGAAUUCGAACCCGGAUGAAAUAGGAUACAGGCCUCGCAGGUGGUGGCUUAACCUGCUAGGCAACAUCGCUGACCCCAGAUUAUGCAUUUCUCAAGACAAGCAGUAUUACCAGACAUACAGGGUGAUGAGAGUUGCAACUGAGAGUUGCAGUUCAACAAAAGACAAACCAGGGGCCUGUGUUGUGGUGCAGCUGGUUGAGCUGCUGCUUUGUCAAUGGCAUUCCAUAUGCCAGUGCAGGUUCAAGUCCCAGCUGCUCCACUUCUGAUCCAGCUUCCUGUGGGUGCUCUUGCGAAGGCAGCAGAAGAUGGUCUAAGAUGCUUGGGCUCCUGCUGCCCCCAUGGGAGAUCCAGAAGGAGUUCCUGGCUCCUGGCUUCAGCCUGGCGCAGCCCUGGAUGUUGUGGCCAUUUGGGGAGUGAACCAGCAGAUGGAAGAUAUUUUUCUGUCUCUCCCUCUCUCUCUCUGUCACUCUGCCUUUCAAAUACACAAAUUUAAAAAGCUGCUGGGAAGCUGCAUGUAUUACUUCUCUGUGUUUCAAAUGGGUCAGAGAAGUUCCAAUUAAACUAUUUCUCUAGCACCGGAAAAUGUUGGAAAUAUUGCACAGACGAAGUGAAACACGUCACUCACAGUGCUGGGAUAUUAGUCACACCUGGGUCCUGCGUGGAGUUCAGGCCAGAUGUGGUGAAGCAGCACAAGCCGUGGCGCUUUCAUUUCCACUGACCAGCUACAGGUUCUGCUCUGUGCCACUCCCGCAGGGCGAGGCCGGCCUGGAAGUUCCUUCACUGCUUUGGGUCUUCGUAGGGAAGGACCUGGUGCAGCGCUAACAAUUCUGGUUGCCUAGUGCUCAGGACUGGAGUAGGAGGCGGGCGAGCAGAACGGGAGCCGGGCCAGGGUCGCUACCCCUGUUUUUUGUCCGGUUGGUUAUGGCACUUCUGGCCCGCAGAGCGCAGUAAGGACACAGCGGCACAGUUGCGGGUUAUGAAAACGAUUUCAGAGGCGCUCUAGCAUGUUACCAUGACAGGGGUUGGCCUUAACAAAACCCCUGCGUAGGCUGCAGCCCUGGGAGGGGUCCGCGCCGGCAGUUCAUCCUGCGAGCGCGCGCCGGCGGUGACACCUCGUGGGCGCAUUUGCUCAGUUCCUAAAUCGGAUCCUUCUUCCUCCCAAGAGUUGCCCAAGAUGCAUUAAUUUUAAAAAUACACUCAUUUUCAUUUUAUUUGAGAGACUAAGAGAGAUCUUCCAUCUUCCGGUUCACUCCCCAAAUGCCCACGACAGCCAGGGCUGGGGCCACGCUGAAGCCAGGAGCCAAGGAGCUCAAUUCGGGUCUCCCAGGAGGGUGCAGGGACCGGGGUCCUCCAGCCAUCUUCUGCUGCCCCGCAGCGUGUGCAACAGCAGGAGGCUGGCCCCAUGCACCCCUGUGCGGGUCCCGGGCGCCGGGGCUGCCGCGUAACAGGGGGACAUCUGCGGGCUCGCACACGCUUCGGGAGGCCGCACCAGCAGGCGGCUGUGCCCAGAGCAGAAGGCAGCUCCGGGGAGCGGUGGCCGCAAGCGACGGGGCCAGCAGGGGAAGAGGAAGAGCGAGGGAGGAGCCCGCGGAGACACGCGCCCGCCGCACGGCACCGCUACUUCCGCGCCGCCAUGGCGGGCCCGGGCUGCAGUCCGGCCGUGCCCGUGUGGCUGACCGAGGACGACCUGGGCUGCAUCAUCUGUCACGGGCUGCUGUCCUGGCCCGUGACGCUGCCCUGCGGCCACAGCUUUUGCCGUCACUGCCUCACUCACCUGUGGGACUCGCGCGACGCGCGGCGCCGCUGGGCCUGCCCCACCUGCCGCGAGGGCGCGGCGCAGCCGCCGCGGCUGCGGAAGAACACGCUGCUGCAAGACCUGGCCGACAAGUACAGCCGCGCGGCGCGGGAGCUGGACGCGGACCCCGCACCCGCCGCCCGCGCGGCCCCGCCGCGGGUGGUGAUACCAAAGAGCCUUACGGAAGUGGGUGAGGAGCUGACGGGACUGGUGCAGCAGCUGGUGGACAUCGUCAGGAGCCUCCAGAGUCAGAGACGUCCCCUGGAACCUGGACCGGACGGGGGACUAAGUGCGGAGGGCGCGGCUUUUUCUUCUGGGGUAGACCUUUCCUUGGCUGCUCCAACCCACGUGACUUCCAGUGCAUCUGAAGGGAAAAUGGGAGACAUUCUUUGCAGCCUGGGAGAAAUUCAGGAGAAAUUACGAGAAAGCUUCAAGUGGAAAGAGGCUCCUGAAGAGCAGACACGAGUGGAAGUCCCAGAAGCUCCGUCUACCUCUGCGUGCCCCCUGCCUAACCAGAACUGCCCCGCACCCAAGAGGGCCUCUCGGUUUGCUCAAUGGGCCAUCAGCCCGACCUUUGACCUGAGGAGCAUCUCCCACAGCCUGUGGGUGUCUGAGGACCAGCGGACGGUGACAGUGUCUCACCACCCACAGUCCUACCCCUGGAGUCGCGAGAGGUUUUCCAUCAGCCAGGUCUUUUGCUCCCAGGCCCUCUCUUCCGGGCGGCAGUACUGGGAGGUGGACACUAAGUCUUGCAGCCACUGGGCAGUUGGAGUGGCUUCCUGGGGGAUGAGCCGUGACCAGAUCCUGGGAAGGACCACGGACUCAUGGUGUGUAGAGUGGAAGGGGACCGGCCCGCUGGCUGCGUGGAGCUUGGGCAAGCAAACUCUUCUGGACUCGGACAGACCUGGGGUGGUGGGCGUCUGGUUAGACCUCGAGGAGGGGAAGCUCGCCUUCUAUUCAGUGGCCAGUGAGGAGACGCUUCUGUAUGAGUGUGAGGUCUCCGCGUCUUCUCCCCUGCACCCUGCCUUCUGGCUGUAUGGCUUAUGUCCUGGGAAUUCCCUAACCAUCGAGCAGGGGAAGUUCUAAACGUCCCUUGGUGGUUUUCUGGUCUUCUUGCCUUCAAGCAGGGUGGAAACUUGGCUUAAGAAUCCCACGUUCAGGGUGGUCGUUGUGGUGCAGUGGGUUAGGCUGCCACUUGGAAUGCCCACAUGUAUCCAAUCCAGCUCCCUGCUGAUGCAAACCCUGGAAACAGCAAAUGAUGGCUCAAGUACUUGGAUCCCCGCCACCCAUGUGGGAGACCUGGAUGGAGUUUCUGGCUCCUGGAUUCCAUCUAGCCUAGCCCUGGAUGCUAUGGGCAUUUGGGUAGUAAGCCAGCCAAUAGAAAAUCUCUCCUUUCUCUCUCCCCUCUGCCCCUUUGUCAUAAAAUAAAUGAAAAUAAAUAAAUAAAUCAGCUUUAAGAAAGAAUCGUAUUGGGGGGGGGCAGGCAUUUGGCACAGUUGUUAAGAUGGGGCUUGGGAUACUUGCAUCCCUUACCGAAGUGCCUGGCUCAAGUCCCGGCUCCACCUCAGAUACAACUUCCUGCUAAUGCACACCCUGGGAGGCAGCAGGUGAUGGUUAAGUGGUUGAAUCCCUGCCACUGGCUUCUGUGUGGCCCAGCCCUGGCUGUUGCAGGAAUCUGGGUAGUGAACCGUGGAUAGAAAAUCUCUCUUUCAAAUAAAAUGGAAAAAAUUUCCCACUUUUGAACUUAAUCUUUUUGUGUGGUACAAGAUUAAAUAAGCAGGGUUGGGGGUGCUUGAACCCUGGUGUUCCAGUGAGAGAUUUGUCCCCGCUGACUCCUGGGGGACAACCUGCAGGCCUGGGAGUGUCCUGCCUGAAAGAGUCUGUUCACCUGAGGGCCCUGGGCCGUGCUGUAUCAGCCUGACCUCAGUCAGCCGAGUGGGUGGUACGACACGCCUACGUGGUGGACCCCGCUUGAAGCCCUGGACACCAGGCAUGGCCUUGCCUCUCUGGCUGACAGUGCUCCGUGCAUGUCACCACGCAUCCCUGGAGAAGUAAGCGCUGUCCUGUGAUGCCACUUGGACAGGACAGUUGCUAGUUCUUCUAAAGCCUACUCUCAGCACCUUCUUCCAUUGCUGAUUUUAUUCUGUGGCUGUUCACUAUAAUAAACUAAGCAUGAGUUUAA